UUUUAAAGCACUUUCUCACACUUCCACAGGAGGUUCGGCAACAUUAAUUUCUGAAAUUACAACAUCAUUACAGAGAUGGCCUGGGCAUUAGUCUUUGUACUCGUGUUGGCUUCGUUCUAUACUGCAUCUCAUAGCCAGGACACUGUCACAGUUAAGACCAAGAGAGGAACCAUAGUCGGACUCCGAUUCAACCCCAACCCUGCCACUAACGUCUCUUACGACGCUUUUCUCGGCAUACCUUAUGGUUAUAUACCUGCCAGAUUUCAGGUCGCCAUCCCCAGGACACCCUGGAGCACAGAUAAGGACACAAAGACAGAUGGGCCUGCUUGUCCUCAACCUGCCUUACCGUACAAUGAAGAUUGUCUCUACAUGAAUGUUUUUACUCCUUUAGGAUCAUCGUCUACUAGCAACAAACUGCCUGUGAUGGCUUUCAUUCAUGGAGGUGGUUAUUUCGUGUUAUCCAGUUCCUCACUGAUGUACGGUCCUGACUUUCUGGUUGAUGAGCAAGUGAUCUUGGUUACCUUCAACUACAGGCUGGGAGCUGCAGGUUUCUUGACCCUAGGAUCCAAAGUGGCUCCUGGUAACUUAGGACUGACUGACAUGCUCUUGGCUUUGCAGUGGAUACAAGAAGAGAUUACGAUCUUUGGAGGCGAUCCUGCUAAAGUCACUCUGUUCGGGGAGAGUGCUGGAGGCGCCGCGGUUAUCUCUCACUAUCUCUCCCCACAGUCUACAGAUCUAUUUGAAAGAGCAAUUGCACAGAGUGGCUCAGCGCUGGCGGAUUGGGCGGUUCUCCCCAUGACAGAAGGGGUGCGCAGAUCCAAAGUACUCGCUCAAGCAGUGGGCUGCGAUCCUAGCGAAAACGACACCAUCAUCCUAUCUUGUUUGCAAAAAGCAGAUAUUAAAGAUAUCGUCGGCAACCAGUCCAUUCCGCUUCCUUUUGAUGACGUGAUUUCUGGCUCCAUCGGUCUCCGGUUUGUUCCGGUCUUGGACUCAUAUUUGACAGCGGAUCUACCAUUCUUCAAUGACACCCUGAGCAACUUGAUGGAAAAGGCUUUGGCCAGAGGAAAGCCCUUGAUGAAUGGUUUCAAUACUCACGACGGAAUCGUUAAGUGGUCGCUUGAUGAUGCCUGGAAGCAAGCGGAAUUUAAUUUGGUCGAUUUCAUCCCCAGAGCAAACAGAUCAAUUAUUAACGAUUCUACAAGAACCCGACUUCAGCAGGACAUUCAGAAGAGAUAUUUCCCCGACACGUUUGACCAGGAUAAAGUUCUAGAUAUACUCAAUCUAUACACGGACACAAUGUUCUCCUAUCCUGCAAUACAGGUGAGUAAGUACUUCACAAAUUUGACGUACGGAUACUUGUUCAACUACUACGGCUCUUGGAGUUGGGAUCAUUCCAGCGUCUUUCCCUACAGACUGAUGACUGUUGACCAUGGAGCAGAGCUUCCUUACAUUUUCUACUCGACAAACGUUAGCCGUCCUCUGGACUCCUGUUCCCUAAACACAGCCAAUCUGGCGAUGAAGACUCAGCUGGUCAGCUGGUGGACCACGUUCGCCAAAAAUGGGAAGCCAGUUACGGAUAUCUCUUGGAAGGUGGUUGCCGACGGUGGGUACUUGGUCAUCGACACAACUACUUCCACCAGGAACGUUUCAGAGUUCGAAAGCCAGUACUAUGAAUUCUGGUCCACCAUAGCAAAGUCCAGUGGAUUAAAUUUACCUACUACAAUUUUACAUUUUCUACCAUGUCUACUCAUCCUAGUCCUUCUUUUUUAAUUGUGGCAUUUUUUUGUAAAUUUGUAACUAUGACAUUUUCAAAAAGCUCUGGAUCUGUUGAGAAGGCUGAGCUUAUCUAUUCGACUUAAGUUUUAUAAAGGGUAUGUCAGUUCUC